AAGAAGUAAGUGGUGGCACGACGUAAUAAAAAUUAAUUUAAAAUUAAAUUUAAGAAAACCUAAACAUGAACACAAAAGAAAUUGCAAAAGCCUUACGUCGAAACAUAAGUGGAAUCGUAAUUUGGGAAAAGAUCCUGUGCUAUAACUUAGUCCUUUUGAUAACACCGUGUUAUUUCAUAUUCGAAAUGUCUGUCGUACGGCCGACCAUAGUCGCAAAAUACAAUAUGGGUGCACUAAAACAUACAUUACAUAUGAUUUGUUCCACUUUUUGCUUCCUAAACGUAGUGGGGAACAUGAUCUACAGUAUCGUUAUCGAUACAAAAGUAAAAAUUACCGUGGAAUCUAACAGCUAUUGCAAGAUAUGCAAGAUACGACGCCCAGAGAAAGCUUGGCAUUGCAAGACAUGCAAUGUCUGCAUACUGAAGAGAGACCAUCACUGCUUCUUCUUUUCACGCUGCAUUGGACUACGAAACCAAAGAUACUACGUCCUUUACCUCGGAUACGUAUUCAUUUCCAUGAUCUACUCUUUAUACUACAACUAUUACUAUGUUGUGACGAAAUUCGAAGAGGAUGACAUGGUUCUAUCAGCUUAUCGCGUUAUAAAUCCGUUUUUGAGAUACUUGAUACCAGAGCCUAUGGGUAUUAAAGACCUGUACAUGUUUUUUCUGUUCUUAAACACGGGUCUUGUUAUUUGGUCUGGAGGGUUAUUCUACUUUCAUAUGAUGAAUGUUUUGAACGGGUUGACUGCACAUGAGUUUAAAAAAGACUUUAGUGUGGACUGGGAGAUGAAGAAAAAUAAUUUCUUAAGUGUUUUUGGAGUUAAGUGGUAUUGGGCUGUUAUCAUGCCGUUUGCUGAAAGUCCGUUACCACAAGAUGUUGAUAUGAAGUGUCAGUAAAUGUGUAUUGAAUUAAAAUAAGGUUGCAAUUUA